AUGUACUGUGAACAAACAGAAGUCAAUUUGAACGGGCUGCUAAGAAUUCUGCCAUCACAGUGUUGGGCUCAGAUGAAACUAACCAAAGUAUGGAUUCUGACCUAUAUCCCCGAUCCUGCCAAACAGCGUCUUAUUGUGUACCAGCCUCUCGAGCAUAUGCCAUUGGUUGGCCCACAACAUCAGAAGAACCACACGUCCCUGGAAUACUUUUUGCUUCUUAAUCUUUCCGAUGGUUGGGUCUUUGUCACCAUUCUAUUUUUUGUCAUCUAUUGCACAAUCCUGAUUGGUAAUUUAAUCAUUUUCAGCAUCAUUAGAGUUGAGCCCCAUCUCCACACCCCCAUGUACUUUUUCUUGAGUAACCUCUCCGUGCUCGACUUCCUUUAUUCCUCGGUUACACUCCCAUUGAUGCUAUUUAACUGUAUAACUGGCAACACAAAAAUUUCUUUCCGACAAUGUAUCGGUCAGUUGUAUUUGUUUGUGUCACUCGGAGGGGCGGAAUGUAUAUUGUUGGCUGUCAUGGCGUACGACCGUUUUGUAGCCAUAUGCAACCCAUUACUUUAUCCAGUGGUGAUGAGCGUCAGGACUUGUGCCAGUCUUGCUGCGGCAUCAUGGUUAAGUGGGUUCCUUAAUUCUAUUCUUCACACGGUCAUGACUGCCAACCUAAUAUUUUGUAAUUCAGAACAGAGCAUUAACCAUUUCUAUUGUGACGUACCUCCCCUAAUACAGGUGGCUUGUAAUCCCACCAAAACCAGUAAAAUCCUGUUGUUUGUGGUAAGCGUUUUUCUAGGUUUUACCCCGUUCCUCUACAUUGUCAUCUCCUAUGUCCACAUCAUCUCCACCAUUACAAAAAUGAAGUCUUCUGAAGGGCGUUGGAAGGCGUUUUCGACCUGUUCAUCCCACCUCAUUGUGGUGACCAUGUUCUAUGGGACAGCUAACCUUAACUAUGUUGGACCUUCCGGAUACUCUUUGGAGUUGGAACAAUCAGCUUCUCUCUUAUACAGCAUAUUGACACCUCUGGUAAAUCCAGUUAUCUACUGCUUGAGGAACAAGGAAGUGAAGGCGGCCUUGAAAAAACAUUUCAGAUAUACUGACUUUAAAGGGACAGAAACCUCUCGGAUAAUCUAUUUGUAA